AUGACUACACACAAAUCGCCCAGUGACAAUGCUCGAAAGGUGUGGAACCAUGAGUUCACUUGGACGGAUAAGCAUUUCACACCCGAAGAACUGCUACCUUUGAGACAGGAGACCGAUGAUCUAGCCGUUGAUGCUGUGAGCCGACUACAGGCUAUUGCCGUGAAGAACAAGCAUAGCAUGGGACACGGUUUUGGUCGAUUCGACAUGUACAGUGUCUUGAAGGAACAUCAUGGAGAAGACAGUGUGUUACAAGGACUCUGGGAAGAAGUGAACGCCGUCCCUGAAUGGGUUGAUUGGGCACAAAUUGAGCGUGGACAAGAGUUUUUCUAUCGCUACUUGAUCCCCAAUAUUACCGGUCUGGCUCUUCAAGGAUUUCUCGGAGGCACUGCAACAAUUGCAGGUGGAACAGAAGUCCUCGUCAGAACAGGAGGUUUUUCUCUUCGAGUUAUGCCCAGACGGUUCCUCGAAACCUUCCUAUGGCUUCUGCAGGUGACAAUGGAUCCGAAGUCUAUUCAGCCAGGCGGAGAGGGACACACUUCGACCGUGCGUGUUCGGCUAUUGCACGCUACGGUUCGCAACCGUAUACUGAAGCUCAUGGAUCAAGACCCGACAUACUUCGAUGAAGUCAAGUAUGGUGCAGCUGUCAAUAUGAGAGACGCAAUCCAUGCAACAGCUAUCUUCUGUUGCAUGCCGCUCUUCCGUCAACUUCCCAAGAUCGGCAUCCAGCCUCGUCCGCAGGAGAUGGCGGAUUUCCUGGCGCUGUUCCGAUACAUCGCGUAUGUCAUGGCGACUCCGGAUAGCUUCUUCGAUGGCACGGAACAGUCAAAGGCUACUAUGGAGAGUAUCAUGAUGUGCGAACCUGAGCCGACAGAGUCCUCCAAGUCUAUUGGGGCGAAUUUCGUCGCUGCUGUCCAGGAUUAUCCAGGCAUUAAUGUGUCCAAGUCAAUGAUCGAGGUUGGUUGUCGUGUAUUAAGUGGCGAUGAGUUGGGAGAUAAGAUGGGAUUUUCCCGGCCUGGGGUGUUUUACAAGGCCUCGUUCAGAGGCUGGUGCCAACUUCUUGUGGUUAUUACUGCUCUUCAGCGGUUGUUUCCGGGCUUUGAUCGAAUACUUAUGAAGAAAUCGAAGGAGUUCGUGCUCGUCAACGUGUUUGGGGCGUCAAUUUUGAAAGAAGGGAACAAAUUCGAGUUCACUCAUCAACCACAGCUGAAUAAAUUCACCAAGAGAGAGACUAAGACAGACAUCAACCUCUCCCGGUUCAGGCCGGUGGAAGCGAUCGGGUUUGCUGUCUUCCUAAUUGAAUGCCUAGUUUAUGCCCUGGCCUUGGGCAUGCUGUCAUAUGUUCUCAGCGCAAAUGGCAUGGUGUCUCAAACUCUUCUCAAUGUCCUUGGAAAAUGUGCUUAA